CAGCUAGACGGUGUGGGACCGGAAGUAAUUGGUUGCUAUGGGAUAAUGGGGUGGGAGACUGUUUGCUUCUGACCACAAGGAAACUCAGCAGCAGCUUGGAAAUAGGCUCGUUAGUGAAAGAAAAAAAGAGGCGGAUACAGUGAUGCCGCUCAAAGGUUGUGCCGGUCGGUUGAAAAAACGCUGCUAAUACAAAAUAAUUUCGUAAUGGCAGCGGAAUUGAGCGUGAACGCCGUGUGGCAGUUUCUUUCGGACAGAGGAGGGAAAGUGCCGAGUGCUGUGCUGCUGGAACAUUUCACAGUUUUUCUGAACAACCCCAAGAAGAGGGCAGACGCUCGAGGGCUGUUCAAAGAGUUCGUGAACAAAGUGGGGCUGGUGGUCCAAGAAGAUGGGGUGAAAUAUGUGUGUUUGAAGAAGAAGUACCGACAUCAGAUUAACUGGUCCGAGGUAUCUGCAGAUGGUAAGGGGCAUGGCUGGAAAGACAGUGAUGGUGCUGCCGGCGGUGUGGAAAAACGUGACAGACAGUCUGAAAGAAUCGGCAACAGUUCGUCUACAGAAGGGAGAAAACAAAGCCUAGAUGGAGGAGCUUUGACAGAUCCGCCUAAAUCGGUACUUUCCGCACCAGUCGUUAAUGGUGGGUGUUUGGACAACUCGUAUGAUGAGGGAUGCAAUGAAAGCCAACAGACUGUGCUGUUGGACCAGCGCAGUGCUGAAGAAGACGGGCGAGUUGCAAGGCACUCCCAUGUAAAUGGGGCGAACGAACAAGUUGCUUCGUCAAAUGGAACUCCAACAGUAUCAAAUAUGACCACAGAAAUGGAGAAUCAAGCCCAAACCGAGCAUAAUCAAGCAACGAAAUUGGUGACGGAAUCCAGACAAUUAGCUAAUGAUUUGGGCGAAACAUUGCUACAUCAAGACACCAGUAAGACUGUUCAGAAAACGAAAAAUGGUGGCGAUCUACUCGCCAAUUUAUUCAAUUCGGGCGAUGAUAGAAAAAGCACUCUAACCUGGAAUUUUUCUGAAAGUACCGCAAAACAGGCGCCAGAAUCCGAAAAAAUAGAAAACAUUGACUCCACAGAACGUGAUAUUAAGUCAAAGAAUGAAAGUAAAAUGUUAAUUACACCUUAUUGCAACUUUUCACCUGCUGAAGUCAAGAUAAGUCCAGACGUUAAUGUCCGAAGACCUUCCCGAAAGCGUUUACAACGAAGCCUGGCAGUUAGUCGAUCAAGCAGCCUUUUUGAUGAUGGAAACACAAUUGAGGUCUCGACCAAUGCAUCCAGUUCAGCCAGUGAAAGCUUGUUAAGUACACCCAGGUCGAGUAGGAAAAAUUUUAGGGAACUAAUGAUUAGCAGCUCACCUCAGCUGAGACAUAGUGUUGCUUACAGUAACUCUGCUGCCUUUCUAAAUGUUAAACAAGGAGAUUUGGGAUCUGAUAGAAACGAAAGUGACUCCUCUUUGACUUCAAAAUUGAGUGAUGAAGAUACAGGGUCAGUAGCACUUGAUCCCUUGGAACAUGAAUGGAUGUUGCAUGCCUCGGAAGGAAGAUGGGAUAGCCUCAAAGCAUUACUGACAACUGAUCCCAGUCUGAUCACUUGGAAAGAUUUUGUCACUGGGUUUACAUGUCUUCAUUGGGCAGCAAAACAUGGUAAACCGGAAUUACUGGCAAUGCUAGUCAAUUAUGCAGCUAAACAUGACAUUCCAAUCAAUAUUAAUAUUCGGUCUAGUGGUGGUUACACCCCUCUGCAUUUGGCUGCUAUGCAUGGGCACACGGAAGUAGUGAAACUGUUGUCUGGUGCCUAUGACGCUGAUGUUGAUAUUAGAGAUUAUAGUGGUAAGAAGGCAUGGCAAUACCUCAGCCAAGAUACUUCUGAAGAGUUGAGGAGUCUUAUCGGUGCAUCUAGAAACUUGGACUCUGAAAGCAUGUUACAGAAUGAAAGUGGACGUUGGAGACUGUCAAAGGUUCUUCCUUCCAAUCUGACCCACAAAGUGUCCAGUGCUCUUGAAGAAGACGCUUAUACAGAUGGCUCAAUCAUAAAACCAGUCAGCCGGAAAACCUCGAUUAACAAGAUGAAAUUCAAUCGAAUAAGAUUUAAAACACAAGUCAUUCAGUCUACACCUUCCCUGCAAGGAACAGAAUGUGAAAUGAGAGGAACAGCAAAUUUCCACUGAGACAGGACAACAAAACAAAGCAACACUACAUUGGCAUUCUCAUUCAGAGAAGACAUAUGGCUGGUGUGAGAAAUGAAUACCUUCGCAUUACUGCUAUGAGUGAUAAUAUGAGGCUAGAAUUCACAGCACGGGAGGAAGCUAGUAAGAUUAUUGUGCAUGUACCAGUUGCUUCUCUGAAUUAAUAAUUAAAGGAAAGCUGAGUGUGAUGUAUCUAUCUUUAUGUUCAAAGUAAUUCCUGUUUCAUAAAAUAACUUUACACUUUCAAUUUGCUUAAUGAUUUAGACUUUAUUGUUAUGUGUACUCAAGUAUAGGAAUAAGGUUGUGAAAAGUUUGUGUCAUCACACAUGCUGCCAUCUUAGAUACAAGUACCUAGGUACAAAAACGUAAGAACAACGUUAAACAUUAAAGUCUUUCUUAGUAUUAAGUUGAAAAAUAAAGAACUAAAGAUAAACAUUCAAACUUUGCCAUCUUUCUUAACUACUUAGCCAUGCUGGGACCACGCUAUCUAUAAGGGCUCCACCUCCCCAUCUCCUCAGCUUUGACACGCUGUCCCCGGGCUGGCUCCAUCUCCCCUACUUGUUGCUGCAGAUGUCAGGGAAACCUCCAUCGCUGUGUUGGAUCUCAGACUGCCAAAGCCCUGAUCCAGACACCAACCACGCCGGGCCUUGGCCUC